AUGUUAGAGCAUCCUAUCCAGCCCGGCGCUCAACGCUUUGAGACGUUACAGCUUCAUGCUGGGCGCUUCCCAGAUUCCCUAAACAGCUGUGCCACCCCCAUCUACACUUCGGCGGCUUUUGCUUUCAACAACUCGGAGCAUGGCGUUCGAUUACUUGAACUCAGCGAGUUUGGAAACAUCUACAGCCGUAUCACAAAUCCCACAGUCAGCGUCUUCCAGAACCGCAUGGCUGCCUUAGAAGGAGGCGUAGCAGCAUGCGCCACGGCCUCCGGUACAGCGGCUGUCUCGAUGACACUUAUGGCUCUUGCCGGCGUCGGCGAUAACAUUGUUGCUUCUUCAACAGUCCAUGGUGGUACAUUCCACCAGUUCAAGGUCCUAGCACCCCAGCUCGGAAUCGAAUGCCGCUUCGUGUCGUCCAACGAUCCGGAAGAAUUCCGCGCUCAGAUCGAUAGCCGAACGAAGUUCCUUUUUGUCGAGAGUAUCAGUAACCCGAAGUAUGAGGUGCCGGACUUUGAGGCCCUGGCAGAGAUCGCACAUAGUAAUGGAAUUGUGCUGAUUUGCGACAACACUUUCGGAUGUGCUGGAUAUUUCUGCCGCCCAAUCGAUCAUGGCGUGGAUAUCGUGCUUCACUCGGCCACAAAAUGGAUCGGCGGUCACGGAACCACCCUCGGCGGCGUUAUUGUCGAUGCCGGUAACUUCGAUUGGGGCCAGCAUCGAGACAAAUAUCCUCAGUUCCACGCAGAUGGCUCCUCGGAAGGAAGCGGCGAAGUCAGCCUGUGGAAGCAGUUCGGUCGACGCGCAUUCGCCAUACGAUGCCAGUUCGAGGUCCUGCGAGACCUUGGUGGCACGCUCAGCCCGCAGGCUGCUCAACAGUUGCUGAUCGGGCUAGAGUCGCUGGCUGUGCGAUGCGAUCGGCACGCCUCAAACACGGAGGCUCUUUCCCAGUGGCUCGCUGAGCAACCGCAGGUCUCAUGGGUGCGUCAUCUAGGCCAGGAAGAUCAUCCGUGCCACCGCAAUGCGAAUCGGUACUUGCAGCGCGGGUACGGGGCUGUGUUCAGCUUCGGUAUAAAAGGUGGCAAGCAGGCGGGAUUCCGGCUCUGUGAUAAUCUUGAAAUGGUCAUCAACACCACCAAUCUGGGAGAUUCCAAGACCCUCGUCGUCCAUCCGUGGACCACCACGCACCAGCAGCUUACCGAUGCGGAAAGAUUUGCUGCCGGAGUAACCGAAGAUCACAUUCGUCUCUCCGUUGGUAUCGAGCAUAUUGAAGAUAUCAAGGAUGACUUCCGGCAGGCAUUUGCGGCGUUGGAUAAGCCAGCCACUGAAAGCCAAUCGGCGAUCCUGCACUAUAAAGAACAGAAGGAGAUCAUUCGAUCCUUGUAUGGGACGCUAGAUAAUGCUCCAGAGCAGCCCCAUAUCAAGCAUACUGAGACAAAUGGGGUACACUGA